AUGCAUUUGAACGAUAAAGUUGUUCUUAUUACGGGGGCCAGUUCGGGAAUAGGUGCAGCAACAGCUGGGCGUUUUGCCGCCGAAGGCUCAAAAAUAGCGAUUGUUGGUCGCAACGAAGUUAAUCUUCGUAAAGUUGCGGAAAAGUGUGAGCUCAUGAAUGCCAACCACAAGCCACUCGUCAUCGUUGCCGACGUCACGAAAGACGAUGACGUCAAGAGGAUUGUGAAUGAAACUCUCGCGCAUUUCGGUGCUUUGGACGUGUUGGUCAACAAUGCCGGGAUUCUGGCGACGGGAUCCAUUGAAAACACUUCUCUGGAGCAAUUCGAUUCAAUCUUCAACACGAAUGUUCGUUCUGUGUAUCAUCUCACGAUGCUCGCUGUUCCGCAUCUAGUCCAAUCCAAAGGGACCAUCGUGAAUGUUUCCAGUGUUGCUGGACUGCGAGCUUUUCCCGGUAUCCUUGCGUAUACGAUGUCCAAAGCGACCAUUGACCAAUUUACGGCUGCCUUGGCGUUGGAGUUGGCGCCGAAAGGAAUCAGAGUUAAUGCCGUGAAUCCUGGAGUGAUCGUCACGGAGAUCCAUCGUCGUGCAGGAAUGAGUGAGGAAGCUUAUGUUGAGUUCUUGGAGAAAGCCAAGGUGACGCACGCCCUGGGAAGACCCGGAGAACCAGAAGAAGUUGCAGAAUCCAUUGUAUUUUUGGCCUCUGACAAAUCUUCGUUCAUCACUGGAGCAUGUUUACCCAUCGACGGAGGACGCCAUGCCAUGUGUCCGCGCUGAAGAACAGCGAACAGUGACUUUCGAUGAUGAAAGGCUUCUGAAGUUUACGAGUUAAAUGCAGAAUGAAGCUUGGUCUACUUCAAAAUUCUCAAUAUCGCUAUGGAACCCCGGUUUUUUCGCGAAAUGUUAUGCCCUUGCUCAGCAGAAAUGUCGCAUGAGUCGCUGCAGAUAAAAAGGGGAUUUUUCCGAAACGAUUUCGGGGUGUCUUUCAUGCUGAUCUCCAUUUUUUUUUAUGAUGGCUCGUUAAGAGAUGAUUUCACGUCACUAACUACUGAUAACCAAGCUUCACUAUCGUUUGACUCUAAAAAAUUGGCUUCAUUAAUUACGGGUCUGCGCUUUAUCCUUCGUGAGCAUGUGCAUUUCCGCGGGACUCGCUGUUCCAAGUGA